AUGUCCCCUCCGCGCUUCAGAGACCUACUUUCUUCUCCACCGCCGGCGUCAGCAGCAACGACCAAUCCCCAUCCUGUUUCCAAGGAAAACGAUGAGCAGCUCGAUCCUUUGUUCGGCGACAGCUCCGGUGACGUCACCGGGAUAGGCGAGGUCAUGACAUCAUCAUUUGGAGGACGAGUGGAAGCAGCAAUGCUUGCUCUGUUUGGUGUUGUUUUGGAAGUCAAGGACAAGAGUGUGAUGUAUAGACCCCUUUUGGGAUCUAUCAAAUCCACUCUAGACUGCUUAAAGCCAUUGAUCGAAGACAUGGAACGAGGAAACAGGGCAUUGAACCGUCCAGUGAAGGAGCUAGAAUAUUUCAGAAUGCAUAUGGAGAAAGGUGUCGAACUAGUCCGCAAGUGCUCCAAGAAUGGUUUCUGGGCCAAGUACGAAAAGAAGAAAUACACCAACCGACUUCUGGAGUUGGAUGCAUGUCUUCAGAGACAGUUGAAUGUACUGAGUGUGCAGGUUGCAACCCAUGUGAGGGAGACUACUGCUUCGAUAAGGAGUAUGCAGAAGGUGAUCAAGCGAAUUGAGGAUAGUGGUGCCAUGAAGAAUCAAAUCGAAAUGAAUGGCCCGUGUGAAGUAGCUGAAUCUUCAUCCUCUGAUGAACAGAACGCUGGUAUAGUUGAACCUUCCUCCCCUGAUGAACAGAAUGAUGGUUUAGUUUCAGUGAAUAAAAUGGAGGCGGCAGACAUAAGAGUUGAAGGAAGUGGGGAGUUGCAAGAACAAAGUGAAAUCCCAAAUAGGUUUGUAGUACCUGAACCUCCGUUGUUUACAGUUGGGUUGGAUGUUGCUUUGACGGAAAUGAAGAUGAAGCUACUUGAUGAAGAUGAGUUUACGACGAUUGGUUUGAUUGGUUCGGGAGGUGUAGGGAAGACAACAUUGGCGAAAGUGUUGUGUCAUGAUCAGGAAGUCAAAGAUAAAUUCCAGAAUAUCUUCUUUACCACUGCUUCAAAAUGGCCGAACCUGAACCUCAUUAGGCUAGAACUAUAUCAAGCUCUGUGUUCCCAGGUUCCUACUUUCCAGAACGAAGAAGGGAGACGUUGUCUGGUUGUCCUGGAUGAUGUUUGGGCUGGAUCAGAAUCCAUUCUUCAGGAAUUUGAUGGAUUGAAAAUUCCAAAAAGCAAGGUUUUGAUUACAUCAAGAUAUGCAUUCUCAGGAGUUGGUUCUGAAUACCAUCUGAAAUCUCUGAAUUAUGAGGAUUCAAUAUCUCUUUUUCAACUCUCAUUGUCAUUGGGAGAUAUGAGCUCUUAUAUUCCAGAAGAUCUUUUGAGAAAGAUAGUAGAGUAUUGUAAGGGACUUCCACUUGCAAUUACUGUGAUCGGAAGAUCACUUUGCGGCCAACCUAUUGAAACCUGGCAAAAGAGAAUAGUAGAAUAUGGGAGAGGUUCUUCUAUUAGUGAUUCAGAGCCAGAAAUGGUUGUUUGCCUCCAAAGAAGUUGGGAUGCCUUAAAUAGAGAAAAGAAUAUCAUCAAAGAAUGUUUCGUAGACCUUGCUUCAUUUCCUGAAGGCCAAAUAAUCCCUGCUGCUGCCCUCAUUGAUAUGUGGACAGAAUUAUAUGGAAUAGAGGAAGAAUUUCAGUCCAUUGCAAACCUCCACAAGCUCGCCAUCCGUGGACUUGCCAAUAUUGUCUCAAGGGAGGAGAUGGAGGCGGAUGGCUCUUACAGUGAUCUCUUUGUUAACCUGCCUCAUAUGCUUAGAGGCCUGGCAAUCCACAAGGCUAGUGAGGACACAAUAGAACAGAGAAAUAGACUGAUUAUAGACAUUCAUGGAGACAAUCUUCCUAGCUGGUGGUCAGAACAGAAGUAUCAGCCUAAGAAUGCUCGUCUACUGUCUAUCUCAACUGAUCGAGCGUUCUCAAGAAAAUGGCACCAUAUGCAACUACCAAAUCUUGAGGUUCUAGUUUUGAAUUUCCAGACUGCGAAAUAUGAGUUACCUGAUUUUCUGGAUAAAGUAGACAAGUUGAAGGUUCUAAUAGCCACCAACUAUGGAUCCUUGCCUGCUGAGUUAAGUAAUUUUCAACUGUUGGGUUCGUUGCGAAAUCUGAAAAGAAUCAGAUUAGAGGGGGUUUCGAUUACUUCCAUAACCAAGAACCACAUACAGCUGGGUAGUCUAAAGAAGAUAACUUUUUCCAAGUGUGAUAUGGGUCAAGCAUUUAGUAACUCUUCCUUUAAAUUUUCAGUAGCAUUUCCAAAUCUAGACAAUUUAAAUAUCCUGCAUUGCAAUGAUUUGGAGGAAUUGCCUGCUGAUCUUGGUAAUCUUUCUCAACUAGAGACGCUCUAUAUCUCAGAUUGCCAUAGGCUAUCCACCUUACCUGACGGGAUUGGAAAUCUGAGCAAGUUGAAGAGGUUGAGGGUAAGGUAUGGUACAAACUUGGUAAAGUUUCCAGGAUCAAUUAGGAAGCUCAAAAGCUUAGAGGUCCUUGAUAUAGCUGGUUGCAUCAAUAUUGUGGGGUUCCCGGAAGACAUUGGUGAAAUGAGCAGAUUAAGAAAGCUGAACAUAAGUGGUUGCUCAAGAUUGAAAGAGCUGCCACUGUCUGUUUUGAGUCUUGAGAAGUUACAGGAAGUGAUACUCGAUAAAGAGACAGAAGAUUUAUGGAAACCUUUCCUACCCAGACAAGAAAUAUGCAGAUUAAGACCGCUGAACCUGAACAUAAGUGGUUGCUCAAAAUUACAAGAGCUGCCACUGUCUAGAGUUACUUAA